AUGUCAGUUGUAAUUAAUCCAGAAUGUAAGGCUGCUGUUGAUGUUCUUAAACAAAAAGUAAAUAGAGCCGUUAUUUUCAGAGCUGAUGCAGCAACCAGAGAACUUGUUGUUGACCGUACAUUCCCAGAGGGAACACAAUACGAUGAUGUCAUCUCAAACUUGGUUGACGACCACGGAAGAUUCUUGGUAGUUGACUUCCAAUACACAAACAAAGAAAACGUUGCCACCAGCAAGCCAAUCUUCAUAUUCUGGUACCCACAUGCCAUCUCAGCUGAGGAGAUCGAACUCUACAGUAAUGCAAGAGCUCCAUUCUCUCAAGACGUUGGAAUUCCAAUGUUGAUCCAAGCCGUCGACCAGAAUGAAAUCACCCCAAGUUGCAUCACCUAUUAUCUCAAUCAAUAA